CCAUACUCGCAAUCAACAACCACCMGCACCCGAAACAACAAACUAGAGAUUGAUCAUUGCGAUGACCGAAGCGGAGGCGGAGUAUCCUCUGCCAGAACAAAUCCUUCCAGAAAUACACGACGCAAUAUGCAAUCCGCAGAUAUGGAUAGUCCCAUCGGUUCCUCCCGAUGUUGAUCCGAGAAGCUCUCUGCUCCGACGGAAUCAUCCGUCGUUGCAACCCGUCUAUCGGCAAGUCUUUCUCUGUCGGCAACAAGACGCCGCUCAAGCCUACCAAAUCAUACAGCCCCCAGCGUUCCAGCCGGUAGAAUUGUCGCACGGUGGCCCUACCUGGGGGUACCUGUUUAUGGGAGUCAUACUGCCGAGGAGGAAAGACGACAUGCUGUACGAGGAACCAAUGGAACACGAAGCGCAACGCGUUGCAAUAAAACGCCUUGAUCUGAACGUAGUCACAAACGAAUUGAGGAACGGAUCGAAAGAAAAUCCCUUUAAGGAAAUAUGGAGGAUGCAAACCAUUGGCGACCACCACCACGUGUGUGCCAUUAUCGAAGCCUUGCAGGCAGAAAACUACCUCUAUAUUAUCACGCCGUGGUGCGGGGGAGGAAGUCUCUCGGACAACCUGCCCCUAUCUCCCAACGAUCGAUACUCGGUAGAAGACCAGGCGAGAAUCCUGUUUCAACAAAUCCUAGAGGACCUGCAUUAUCUGCACAAGGUGCACGGGAUAUGCCACCGCGACAUCAAAACAGCCAAUUUUCUGGUGAGCGAGAGCGGUCGGGUCUUGAUCGGAGACCUGGCCAUGAGUUUUGUCAUGCCCAAGGGGGGCAUUGUCAAGGACAUCGGAACCUUCGGAACGCCCCCCUUUAUGGUUCCCGAAACUCUUCUGAACCGACCCUUCGACGGGGCCAAGUGCGACUUUUGGGCCGCAACGGUCACGCUAUACACCCUGGUGACGGGGCUUCCCUAUUUGUACCGGACUCCGCGGCCGGACGAUAUUUUGUUUCGGUAUUGCAUCAUGGCGAAAGGGUUGUCCAGGGAUCGGCACAACGAAUUGGUGAAAGAAAUAAUAUCAGAGGUCGACAACCCACAGGAUGUUAGCCUGUUGAGCACCGUUGUGGAACACAUUUGCAACAUGUCGUACGAUAUCCUCGAGUUGUUUGAGAAUUCCUUGUCCUUGAUUCCGGAGGAACGAUGGGGAAGCGAACAAGCAUGCCAAUCCCGAUGGAUGCAGAACAGAGGAAGCUACGAUGGCAAUAUACUUCGAUGAUGCAUUGGCGCAUGAUGAGUUCGAGCAUGCGAAGGAUACCGAAAUCAAUGGUAUGAAAUAGAAAACGAACGACCGU